CUGAUUCUGCUGAGAGGUGUCUGUGCGCAGGCACCAUAUCAGAAUCCAGUGAGCCAGGCUAUUGACGAGGCUGUGUUUUCUGGAGCGGCGGUGGUCCGUCCUGGCAUUUCCAGUGGAUUGAAUACCAGAAUUCUGCUCUAUGGCGAGUGAGUCAUUAGGAUCGUUCCGCCCAGCACGCCUGGGCUUGAGCAUAAGAAUGUGCUCUUAAAAGGUUCGAGGCACGACCUCUGGCUCUGCUGUCUUUUCGCUAUCCUACUUUCCAUACUCGAAUUCAAUAGCGUCACCUUUCUAUUUACAAAUGACGUCGCAAAAGCUGUACUUGCUAGACUACGGAGCCGGCAACGUGCGCAGCCUGCUCAAUGCGGUGGAGAAGAUCGGAUACAGCAUCGAGUACAUCCAGACAGCCGAGGACUUUGACAAGGCUGACAAGAUCAUCUUCCCGGGAGUCGGUGCAUUCGGGUAUGCCAUGCAGGCUCUGCGCGCCAAGGGGUUUGUCGAGCCGCUCAAGGCAUAUGUGGCAUCGGGACGGCCCCUGAUGGGUAUCUGCGUGGGCAUGCAGGUCCUGUUUGACGGCUCCGACGAGUCGCCGAGCGAGCCCGGCCUGGGGAUCUUCGAGGGCCAGGUCAAGUUAUUCGACAACUCGACAAAGACUGUGCCGCACAUGGGCUGGAACGCCACGCAGAUUGUGCACAGCACUGAGGCUCUGGCAGCGCCGGCUCUGAGCGACCAGUCGCGGUACUACUUCGUGCACUCGUAUGGCGUGCCAUAUACGGGUCAGGGCUCGCAGACAGAGUUUGUGCAUAGUGCGACUCGGUACGGCGACGAGGUUGUAGUCAGCUCAGUAUGGAAGGGCAGUGUGUUUGCGACGCAGUUCCAUCCGGAGAAAUCGGGCGCCGCCGGCCUUGCUGCGUUGAAAUCAUUUAUCGAGAGCGAUCUGGUGCGGCCAGCCAGCGCCAGCCCCGCUGCUCCGCCGAGUAGCAUCCCUGAGGCCUUCACUGUGCGUGUGAUUGCUUGCCUGGAUGUCCGUGCUAACGACGUCGGUGAUCUUGUUGUAACCAAGGGCGACCAGUACGAUGUGCGCGAGAGCGCUGAUAAGGGCGGCGAUGUGCGUAAUCUGGGCAAACCCGUGGACCUGGCAAGACGGUACUUCGAUGAGGGCGCCGAUGAGAUUGCAUUCUUGAACAUCACCAGCUUCCGCAACAUGCCGUUCAAGGACACGCCGAUGCUGGAGGUCCUGCGACAGGCGUCGCGCUGUAUCUUCGUGCCCCUGACCAUUGGUGGUGGUGUGCGUGAUAUUGUCGACCCCGAUGGCGAGCACAUGUGGCCGGCGGUUCAGGUCGCUGGCGAGUACUUCCGGUCGGGUGCUGACAAGGUGUCCAUUGGCAGCGAUGCUGUGUAUGCCGCCGAGCGGUACCUGAAGAGAAUCGCCGAUGGCGAGACGCCGCUGGACGGGACCACGGCGAUUGAGCAGAUCGCUGAGCGCUAUGGCCGCCAGGCUGUGGUGAUCUCGGUGGAUCCCCGCCGCGUCUACGUCAGCGGACCCGAGGACGCUCCUGCCCACCAUGUUGUCAAGACUGCAUUUCCGGGCCCUAAUGGCGAGCAAUUCUGCUGGUACCAGUGCACUGUCAAGGGCGGCCGAGAGGGCCGCGAUAUCGACGUGCACCAGCUGGUCACCUCCUGCGAGGCCCUGGGUGCCGGUGAGGUGCUGCUCAACUGCAUGGACAAGGACGGUACAAACUCAGGCUACGACCUGGAGCUGAUUGGCGAUGUGAAAAAGGCUGUCAAGAUCCCGGUCAUUGCUAGCAGCGGUGCCGGAAAGCCCGAGCACUUUUCCGAGGUUGUCAAGGCCACUGCUGCCGAUGCCGUACUGGCUGCGGGCAUCUUCCACCGCCGCGAGGUGCCGAUCGCCGACGUCAAGGCUCACCUGAAGGCCGAGGGCAUUCAGACCAGAAACGCUUAGUCUACAAAUCCAUAGAUGUCCUAAUUUUUCUCCAUAACUCAGCACACGCCAGAGUGGGGCUCCUUCGAUCGGAGAAA